GAAAAAAAAAAACCUUUACAACCUUGUUUAGUCCUCCCUAAUGGUGUUUCCAAUGCUUUAUCCGGCCAUCCCACUAAAAUCUCCAAAAUCCUAUCGACUGACAUGUCGUCAAUCCUCCUACCUUCUCUUCAUCCUUCACCAUGAAAAUAAAGCUCUAAUAAUAAACUCAGCAAAAUGAACUGAACUGAACCUCUUGCAUUUCCACCCCACCACCACCAAAAUGGCUACUUCUUUAUCCCACUCUCCACAGCUAUUAACUUCAUCCUAUAAAAAGCAGCCUCACCCAUCUUUCUCAUUCCCCAGGAUUCACUCUUUGUUGAACCAAAACACAAAAAUUAAUUUAAAGACUCAAUCUUUUUCGCCAUACCCUGCAUAUAGUGGGCGUCUUGGUGCACCGGGCUGCCCUUUAAACCAUGUGGGUCGUGUUCAAAGUGUAUCAAGAUCGUGUUCUGACAGUUUUCUUGAAGUAACUGAAGAGGAAGAAGGGGUUUUAUUGAUUACUACUGAGGAAAAGCCAUUGAAAUUCCUGUUUUGGGUGUUAUUAUGGGCUUCUGUAUCUGUUGGUUUGUUUGCACUUUCUAGUGAUGCUAAAGCAGCUGCUGCUGCUGAUUCUAUUAGGGCUUCGGGUUUUGGUGUGAAAGUUGCUAAUUCUUUGAGGGGUUUGGGUUGGCCUGAUGAAGCUGUUGUGUUUGCUUUGGCUACACUUCCUGUUAUUGAGCUUCGUGGGGCUAUUCCUGUUGGUUAUUGGUUGCAACUUAAGCCUGUUGUAUUGACAGUGUUCUCUAUUCUUGGGAACAUGGUUCCUGUCCCCUUCAUUGUGCUCUACUUAAAGAAAUUAGCAAUCUUCCUUGCUGGAACGAACAAGUCAGCAUCAAAGCUUUUGGAUAUGUUGUUCGAGAGGGCCAAAGACAAGGCAGGUCCAGUGAAAGAAUUUCAAUGGCUUGGUUUAAUGCUCUUCGUGGCAGUUCCAUUCCCCGGAACCGGAGCUUGGACAGGUGCUAUCAUAGCUUCUGUGCUAGAUAUGCCUUUCUGGUCUGCUGUUUCAGCAAACUUUGUUGGCGUUGUCUUUGCUGGCCUACUAGUGAACUUGCUGGUGAAUCUUGGACUGAAAUAUGCCAUUAUAACCGGCAUAAUACUUUUUGUUAUUUCAACAUUCAUGUGGAGUAUCCUUCGAAGUCUUAAAAGUUCUCUGAGCUCAUCAAGCUGAUAUCAAAUCCUGUAGAAGUUUUGAGGUGAUCAGUAUUAACGCAUUAUGGAUAAUACAGAAACGGAGAAUAGAAAGAGAAGUCCUUUUUCUUUCUCAAAUUCAUCAGUAUUACAAUUUUUUCUUCGCGUAUUGCUAUUAUUUGUAUUGGGAUCCAUCACAUCGUCUCUUCAAUCUAGAAUGCAUCAACCAGGUGAAUUCACUUGUCUCGCACAA